CCCUGUCUCAACUGUCUCACGAAGUCCCUGCUUUCACUCCCAGCUUAAGUUCCUUUUACAGUGUAGAAAGCUGUGGAUGAAAAGAGGCAAUCAGGGGAAGCAGAACACAGUAACAAAUCUGAAAGACCAAAUAAACACGGUGGAGAAGAGCCUAAGUAAGAAACUUCAAGGAAGCCAUAUAGUCUCAAUUGAAAAGAGACACUGCCAUUUACCUUGUAGUGAUUAACAAAGACACCCUGAGAUAAGCAGCCCUGUCAUGAAGUUCUGGCUUCUACUCACCCUACUUGUGUGUGUCUAUGUGAUCUACCUCCUGCUGGGUGCCUUGGUGAUUUCAGUUAUUGAGUCGCCAUAUGAGGCUAGCCUGCGAGAUGAACUGAGACAACUCAAAAAUAUCUUUCUAAAUGAGAGUCCAUGUGUUAAUGUUAGUAGCCUGGAAGCCUUCUUGGAGAAAAUAAUCAAUGCCAACAAGUAUGGGGUGUCUGUCCUGCACAAUGCUUCCAACGAUAGCAAGUGGGAUAUCGCAUCUUCUCUGUUUUUUGCCAGUACUUUGGUAACCACUGUAGGUUAUGGAUACACCACCCCCUUAACAGACUCUGGCAAAGCCUUCUGCAUUUUCUAUGGUCUGAUAGGAGUGCCUUUUACUAUGCUGGUCCUCAGCUCAUUUGUCCAGCGCCUGAUGGUCAUGUUUACCCACAAGCCAAUACGAUAUUUGCAGGUGCACCGAGGCUUUGACCGUAAGAUGGUCACUCAGCUUCACUUCAUUUUCCUGUUACUUCUAGUUUUUGUUUUUUUCCUAAUCAUUCCAUCUGCAAUUUUUAACACCAUAGAAACAUCCUGGAGUUUCUUGGAUGCUUUUUACUUCUGUUUUAUUUCCCUCUGCACCAUUGGGCUGGGGGAUUAUGUCCCAGGAGAGCAGAAUGACCAGUGGCUCCGGAAGCUCUACAAGGUGUCUGUGGCCUUCUACCUGUUUGUUGGCCUCAUGGCCAUGCUGCUGAUUAUCCAAACAUUCCACAAAGCUGCUGAUGUUCAUGGACUCACUGACAUCUUCUAUCUUCCUCGGCUGCAAGAUCAAGAUGACCAGGAACCCAUCCUGGAACCCACUGACUACACGAAAGACUUGGAACCAAAAAGACCGCUUACAACAGAAUCCCAAACGGACUACUCAUCUAUCAAUCGGUAACACCAGCUGGUGGCCAGAAACUUUCUAUUGUUGCCUUUCAAGAUUAAUUGGAUGUUCAACCUCCACCCUGACUCUGAUAAUGAAAAAAUACUGUGUUGAGUAUGGAUAGUCAAUGGUUUAAAUUGAGUUCCCUGUAACCUCAUCAGCAUAACUUGACUAAAGUAUCAGAUGGUAACUUUUUUGAAUUUAGCAUAUUUCAUCAGAAAUAAGAUGUAGACUUGUCAAUAACUUACAAAACAUCUAUAUGAUGCCAUCCACCUGUAUGGACCUCAUCCUUUUAGCACAACACACACACCACUUGUGUGUUGAGCUAAACAUUGGAGAUAUGUAGUAAUAGGUGCACAUUUUACUUUUGGUCUGCUAACCCAAAGAAACAAUUCAGAUAGUUGGUUUUAUUAGGCUACUUGUUCUGCAGUAGAACAAUAAAUGCUGCUAAUUGGUUAUAGUGAGUUACUAGAUCUGGGGCAAAUUUUGACCCUGUUACAUUCUUCUCUGUGUUACUUAAAAAAACAACUUUUAUUUAGAAUAGUGUUUUGUUAAAGAUGACCAAGCAACAGGGAUAUAUUUAAUAUGUUAAGUCAGUGUUUACUUAACCUUUACUUAACCUUGGUUCCUGUUGUUGGCCUAGUGUACCCACCAACUAAAGCAUUUGUUGAAUAUAGCAGAGCAGUUUGAUUGGAUUUUUUUGUUAAUUGUCUUUAUUGUACUACUGAUGCUGUGCUUUCACCCAAUAAGAGGACCUAUAAUAUAAGGAAAGGACUUUAAAGGGGUAGUAGUACACAUUUUUACAAAAUCAGCUAUUACACAUCAUAGGGGAACAUUAAUUGAAAAAUGCAAUGCCUUAUUGACCAAAAUAUUUUAAAUAUCUUAUUUUUACUAAUAAAAACAUAAUCAGGGAUUUUCAUAUUAA